AAGAAAGCAAUCGGACCUAGUUCUGUGACCUGGGGAAGGAGUCCCUAUGCCAUCAGGAUUCUCUUUCCCGUUUCAACCCAAGACUGGCCUCUCAGACCUCAGCUCGGGCUGUGAAUUCCAGUCGGACUGAAACGGCUCCCCAGCUCCUCACGCAGUUGGCUCUGUGCGGGGCGCUUAGGAGGAGGCACAAAGAAAGGACGCGGAUCCUUGCUCUCCCAGCGGUCCAGCAGGAGUCGGGGCCCGAGGGGAAAACGGGACCGGGUUUCUGCCGGGCAGGAGACAAGCGUCGUCACGUGCCGAAGACGACUUGGAACUCUGUCUCAGAGGACAGUGAGGGCUUUCGCAGGUGGGGCUGGGAAACAGCCGGGAGACCCCCGCAAGGCGACUUGCUCUCGGCCGGGAGCUGAACAGCUGCAGCCGCAGCGUGGGACGCGGGCGGCUGUGAGAACUGGACCUGAGACGGUGGGCUGCGGAAGGCCACCCACUGGAGGUCUUGGGCGGAGCGAACAUCAAAACUUUUCUGCAGGACAGUUAGCCUGGCAGGAGGAUGAAAGAUGCACGGGGAAUUGGCGUCCAGGCAGCGAGACACAGCAGGAGGGCGCUCCCGCACUCCGCGCCUGCACCGAGCCAGAGCAAACGCAGCCGGCGAAGGCCACGGGGGAGACCCCUUGCAGGACAGAACCCCGUCUCCGGUAGAGACUGACUGGGUAGAGCCAAAGUUAUAGCCACGCCCUCCAGUGACGCCAAGUGCCCGGCCUCGACUUCCUAUUGGCUACUCUGGCAGCCAGUCCUUGGAGGAGGCGGUGCCCUGCUCCCGCCGGCUCCGGGCCCCGAGUGAGCGGGCGCAGGCUGAAAUCCCAGGAGCUCCACGAUCCAGGACGUCGUGCGCUGCCGUCGGGGGUCCGCUGCAGAGGACAAAUAUGGCCGAGCUUUCUGAACCAGAAGCACCAGUAGAUUGGAAAGAGCGAUGCGUGGCUCUGGAGUCCCAGCUCAUGAAAUUUAGAGUUCAAGCAAGCAAGAUCCGAGAGCUCCUAGCAGAGAAGAUGCAACAGCUUGAGAGACAAGUUAUUGAUGCUGAACGUCAAGCAGAAAAAGCUUUUCAACAGGUACAAGUUAUGGAAGAGAAAUUAAAAGCAGCUAAUAUUCAAACCAGUGAAUCAGAGACAAGGUUAUAUAAAAAGUGUCAAGAUCUGGAGUCUGUAAUACAGGAAAAAGAUGACAUCAUUCAAAACUUGGAACUGCAACUCGAUGAGCAGAAACAAAUAAGAAUACAAGAAGCUAAAAUAAUAGAAGAGAAAGCAGCUAAGAUCAAAGAAUGGGUAACAGUUAAGUUAAAUGAGCUGGAAUUAGAGAAUCAGAAUCUUCGUUUGAUCAACCAAAACCAAACUGAAGAGAUAAGAACAAUGCAGUUAAAACUACAAGAAAUUCAAGGGAAGAAGUCAUCCACUGCCUCCACAACAAAACUUUCGGAAGGCCAACGCCUGAGCAGUUUGACCUUUGGGUGCUUUUCGUCCCGAGCAAGGAGUCCUCCUCAAGUCGUAAAAUCUGAGGAAAUGAGCAAGAUAUCAUCUAAAGAACCUGAGUUCAUUGACGGAAAGGAGGUAGAAGAAAUGGAAAUCCCAGAAAAGCCUAUUGAUAAUCAAGUUCCAGAAAGCAACAGAGGCCAGAGAACACUGCAUCAAACCCCGUGUGGUUCAGAGCAGAAUCGGAAAACAAGGACAAGCUUUGCUGCUGAUGGUGGCCUGUCCCAGAAUUCGGGGCCUCACGUGAGCGACUGGAGUUCUGAUGAGGAAGACGGAAGCAAGGGGAGGUCCAAGUCCAGGUGCGCGUCGACCCUGUCCAGUCACACGUCAGAGGAAGGGGCCCAGUGCAGCAGGAUGGGGAGUGAGACGUACCUGACAGCGUCUGACGAGAGCAGUUCCAUAUUUGAAGAGGAGACUUUCGGCAUCAAGAGGCCAGAACACAGGAAGCUGUAUUCUUGGCAACAGGAGGCCCAGUGGAAAGCUCAGAAUAGUCAUCUGGGAAAGAGAAAUUCUGAAUCAAGUAAAAGGGAGCAAGACAGCUCCUCAGAUGAACUGAAUAAAAAAUUUCAAUCUCAGAGACUGGAUUAUUCAUCUUCGUCCAGUGAGGCCAACACCCCAAGCCCUAUUUUGACUCCAGCUUUAACUCCAAAGCAUCCUAACUCACUCCCUGGAAAAGGAACACAGUUGGUACCUUCAUCCCACCUGCCACCCCCGCGGUUAAGGCUUCCUAAUGUUUUCAGUAUAAGUGUAGCGCUAGCCAAAAGGCACUUAAGCCAGCCUCAGUUAAGUUCCGACAGGAUGUUUGGUACCAACAGAAAUGCUAUAAGCAUGAUACGUCCGCUGAAACCUCAGGAAACUGAUCUCGAUCUAGUUGAUGGUGACAGCACAGAAGUUUUAGAGCAAAUGGAUACCAGUUGUGAUGAUGGGUUAUUUUCCAACGACUCUCUGGAAUCUCCGUGUUCAGAUGAUCAGGAAACUUGUGACUCAACCAAGAAAGCUGCAGGCAGCAAACCUCCGACUCCUCCCCUGCACCGCUUCCCCUCCUGGGAAAGCAGAAUUUAUGCUGUAGCUAAAUCAGGCAUUCGAAUGUCAGAGGCCUUCAACAUGGAGAACGUUAAUAAAAAUUCUGUUGCAGUGCCUUCCUAUACCAUAUCGGGACUUUAUACAUCUCUGAUAUACAAGAAUAUGACAACCCCAGUGUACACAACUUUGAAGGGGAAGGCGACCCAAAUCAGUAGCAGUCCUUUCCUGGAUGACUCCUCUGGCUCAGAGGAAGAAGACAGCUCCAGAUCCAGCUCCCGGACAUCGGAGUCCGACACACGCAGUAGGUGUGGGCCGGGAAGCCCCAGAGCCAUGAAACGAGGUGUGUCUCUGUCCUCUGUGGCUUCAGAAAGCGAUUACGCUAUUCCUCCUGACGCUUACUCCCCCGACACGGAGUGCUCACAGCCUGAGCAGAAGCUCCCCAAAACCUGCUCAGCCUCCAGUGAUAAUGGGAAAAAUGAACCACUGGAAAAAUCUGGCUAUUUAUUAAAAAUGAGUGGUAAAGUCAAGACUUGGAAGCGGAGAUGGUUUGUUCUUAAAGGCGGUGAAUUACUUUACUACAAAUCUCCGAGUGAUGUAAUAAGAAAACCGCAGGGCCAUAUUGAACUUAGUGCAUCCUGCAGUAUUUUAAGAGGAGAUAACAAACAAACAGUUCAGUUGACCACUGAAAAGCACACAUACUAUCUGACUGCCGAUUCUCCCAAUAUAUUGGAGGAAUGGAUUAAAGUGUUACAGAAUGUUCUUCGAGUACAAGCUGCCAACCCACUUUUCCUGCAGCCUGAAGGCAAACCAACUAUGAAGGGACUGCUCACUAAGGUAAAACAUGGCUACUCCAAAAGAGUGUGGUGUACUCUUAUAGGAAAGACACUGUAUUAUUUUCGUAACCAAGAAGAUAAGUUUCCUUUAGGUCAGAUCAAACUCUGGGAGGCUAAAGUGGAAGAGGUUGACAGAUCCUGCGAUUCUGAUGAAGAUUACGAGGCCAGUGGGCGCAGUCUGUUAUCCACACAUCACACCAUUGUAAUCCACCCCAAAGAUCAAGGUCCCACUUACCUCCUAAUUGGAUCCAAGCAUGAAAAGGAUACUUGGCUUUAUCAUCUGACUGUAGCAGCUGGAAGGAAUAAUGUGAACGUUGGAUCAGAAUUUGAACAACUUGUUUGCAAAUUGCUGAAUAUAGAAGGGGAACCUUCCUCUCAGAUAUGGAGACACCCCACUUUGUGUCACAGCAAAGAAGGAAUCAUUUCCCCUCUGACAACACUGCCUUCUGAAGCUCUGCAAACAGAAGCUAUUAAAUUAUUUAAGACCUGCCAGCUUUUUAUCAAUGCAGCGGUUGACUCUCCUGCCAUUGAUUACCACAUAUCUCUAGCCCAGAGUGCUUUACAAAUCUGCCUGACACAUCCUGAGUUGCAGAAUGAAAUUUGCUGUCAGCUUAUCAAACAGACAAGACGAAGACAGCCGCAGAAUCAGCCAGGACCACUGCAGGGCUGGCAGCUCUUGGCGCUCUGUGUUGGGCUCUUCCUCCCCCAUCAUCCUUUCCUGUGGCUCCUCAGGCUCCAUCUAAAGAGGAAUGCAGAUUCCAGGACUGAAUUUGGAAAAUAUGCCAUUUACUGCCAGCGAUGUGUGGAAAGAACCCAGCAAAAUGGUGAUCGGGAAGCACGACCCUCAAGAAUGGAAAUUCUUUCAACCCUUCUUCGAAACCCUUAUCAUCAUUCUUUGCCCUUCAGUAUACCAGUGCACUUCAUGAAUGGGAUAUAUCAGGUAGUUGGGUUUGAUGCAUCUACCACAGUGGAAGAAUUUCUGAAUACAUUGAACCAGGACACAGGAAUGAGGAAGCCAGCCCAGUCUGGGUUUGCUUUGUUCACAGAUGACCCUUCUGGCCGAGAUUUAGAGCACUGUCUUCAAGGAAACAUCAAGAUUUGUGACAUUAUCUCUAAAUGGGAACAAGCUUCCAAAGAACAGCACCCUGGGAAAUGUGAAGGUACAAGAACUGUGCGGCUGACUUACAAAAACAGACUAUAUUUCUCAAUGCAAGCUCGUGGAGAGACUGACAGAGAAAAGCUGCUGUUAAUGUAUCAGACAAAUGAUCAAAUAGUAAAUGGACUUUUUCCUCUGAACAAGGAUCUUGCGUUGGAAAUGGCAGCUCUUUUAGCUCAGGUAGAGAUUGGAGAUUUUGAAAGGCCUUUCUCAACUCCAGCAGGACAUGUUACUAACCAGUGCAAAACAAAUCAAACCCUAAAACAAGUCAUAGAGAAAUUUUAUCCUAAAAGAUAUAGGGACGGCUGCUCUGAAGAACAGUUAAGGCAACUUUGCCAGCGACUGUCCACUAGAUGGGUGGCCCUCCGGGGACACAGUGCGGCUGACUGUGUGCGCAUUUAUUUGACCGUAGCCAGGAAAUGGCCGUUCUUUGGUGCCAAGUUGUUUCUUGCAAAACCCAUAACUCCGUCAUCACUAGGAAGUACUUUCCUUUGGCUGGCUAUACAUGAAGAUGGUUUAAGCAUCUUGGAAUACACCUCCAUGAGGUUAAUAGUCAGCUAUGUGUACAAGAGUCUAAUGACCUUUGGAGGCUAUCAGGAUGAUUUCAUGGUAGUCAUCAACAAUACGCAUUCAAAGGACAAACCAACAGAGAAGUUACUUUUUUCCAUGGCAAAGCCCAAGAUUCUUGAAAUCACUCUUUUGAUUGCCAGUUAUAUAAACAACUUUCAUCAGCAAAAGGCAGCAUUCCACCACCUCUCUGCUCCAGCUCUCCUCUCAGCCCGGACUGGGGGACCGCAAGCCAGGGCCAUGGGAAGCCAGCCGCCUCUGACAAGCAGUAGACCAACCAAAGGCCCCACCUUGCUCUGAAAGCGAAGAUCCGGAAUGUUCUCCUCUCGUGCACUGUGUGGUGGCUGUGUCGGCUGCACACUAGGACAGCAUGGUGCCCCGUCCUGGUAUUCCUGACUAUAACAGUAUUGGGGGUUACUCACUUUUAUUUGAUUCUUAAAUAUGCAAAUGAGUACUAGGCAUGAAACAAACGUAAGAUUUGCCAACAUGGUAAUUUUCUUAGAGCAAAUGGGUUACAGUACAUCUGUCCUUCUCCCUUCGACCUCCCAUCAGAAGUGUUGUGCACUACGGUUGUUCUUUCUUUUCUUUUGAAUGUUCGGUAAAUCUUCAGAAAGGAAGAUACAAAACUCCAACUUGAUAAACUAGUUGACUGGAAAUGCUGACUGCCAAAAAUUAAGUACUGUAAUUAAAUGUGCUUUUACUGAGUAGUAUGGAGUUUGGAAAAAGUGGCAUACGCAGCGUAAGAAACAGCUGCAGGGUGGUGUGCAGGGGUAAAUUUCUAGAGCAAGUGCAAUAAAUAUUUUGGCUCCGUGAAUUAUUAUGUGAGAAAACAGGAGUUAGGUAACCAGAACCUCCUAUGUGGUAUUAAAAGUAUCCCCUGUCACCUUUGCAGAUCACUGGGGUGUAAAUUUUAAAAUGAGGCAGCGAUUCCUGACGUUUCUUGGCUGUCAGCGUAGCCCAUGCGCUCUGGAAUAUUGCCCACUUUCAUUGCAUUUGCCACUGGGUCAUUUUGACCUUGCUGUGUGAAAUCCUAUCUUUGAAAACAAAGAUAAUCCCUAAAGCCUUGCCAUUCAUACCAUCCUUCCUAAUUAUAGCUUGAAGAUACAUUUCCAAAAGUAUUUUUAAAGCUAAAAUAAUUCUUUUGUCCAAAAAGAAUUUUUUACUGCCAAGGAGGUAAAAUUUUAGUUGAGAGAACCUUGAAAAGUAUUACUUACUGAGUUUUAUAAGUGGUCUGUGUAUCCCAGGAUGUGUCAAAACCGCGUCAUUAGUAUUCCUACUAAACAUGAAACUGUGAUAAGACAUGAAAAUUAUAUCAUAAAAAUGUUUAAUUUUAAUAGCAAUCAUGAAUACACUUAAUUUUAUUUAUGUGUAGAAUAUUUGUAUUUAUUUUUGAAUAUAUAUUUAUCACUUUGUGUGUCUUUUUUUUAAAACCAACCUGAGAAAAGUGUUAGCUGCUGAGUGACUGUGUCGGCAGAGCCUUCCUGCUUCUCUCUCUGCCUUCUCCCUGCGGCAGUGUACUGUUCUCACAUGAAGCCUUUUUAACCGUUCCGUCCUGUUUGAGUAUCCUUAGAAGGGACAGAGCCAAGAAAUACAUUGCAUAAGUAAUAUUGUGCUUUAUUGGUAAUAAUUAAAAGAGGAUUUUAAAGAGCUCCAUAAAAUACACGUCUAUUGCCCAUUUCCCCUACAUGUUUUGAGCCAUAACCGCUCACUGAGUAAGCAAAUUAGUUUUUGAGAAUAAACCAUUUAGCAAUUUGGGAAAACUCUCAGCAGCUUUUUGCCUAGCAUACAGUACAGUUUCUAAAUUCCCUGAAAAGCAUUUAAUCACCCAUGGUUGGUGAGCCAGAGGCUUGGCAGAGCUGUGACAUAUGUGUGAGGAUUUCCUUCGCCAGCAAUAGUUCAUUCACUAUUUGGUAAGCCCCCACCCCCACCCCCAACCUUCUAAUUUAAACAAGUA